GAUUACCUCCCUUGAUUUCAUGGCAGCGGGAAUGAAAAAUAGACUUUUUUCCUGAGAAAUAUAGUAUGCAAACACUAUAAGCACUGAAUUUCUCGAAUAAGAAUCUUGUAGACUAUCAUGAUGGAUGAGUCAGACAUGACGUUAGAUCAAAGGCCAAGACAAAUGAGGUUAGAGGCCAUGUUGGAAGGAGAAUCCCCAGCUGUACGGGGACAAGAACAGAGUAGAACUUUCAGGAGGAGGAGCGCUAAUGUUAACAUACAGAAAUCUUUACAAAUGCUUGAUGAAAGUAUUGCUUCUCCUCUAGAAACUAGAAAUGCAGCAACUUCUAGCUUUUCUAGAACACCUGUUCCUGGCACCUUGAGGUACACAUCAUAUGCUCCAAAGGCAAUUGAUUUGUCAACCAUUUUGGGUCCAACACCAAGAAAAACUCCACAGAAACAAGAUAACAUCUCAUUCCAGACCUCAUUGUUGCAGCAUCCACCACAGAAUAAUUCAGGGACACAAUAUUUGGAGGAUAUGACAGAAGAUUUAACCACCACAAAUGUAGGACUUUUAAUAGAGGAAGGACUUGGUUGUAAAGGUUUAUUCCAGGAUUUUAUGCAAAUAAUGAAAUCCUUUCCAUCAGGAAAUCAGUCUUUUAGUUUGUUACAAGGUUAUGAGAAGACUUGCAGAGAACAGGUUACAAUGUUAAAGAAAACUUUCCGUGGAGCUACAAGAGAUUCAGUGUCACAACAGAAAUAUGCUUUGUUACACUUACUGAAUGAAGAGAGAAACACAUGGCAGCUAGUUAUGUCUUUGUUCAAAGAUCAGGUGGAAGCAGAACAAAAAGAUGAAAUGGGUGAAGAUAUGGCAAUUGAUCAGGAAACACCUUUGAGAAGGAGCGAUAAAGAAGUUGCAGAAAGUUUGUUUGAAAAGCACUCUGAUGUUAGACAAUGCCAGUGUGUUGUAGACUGGUUAGAAAGUUGUGCACAGGAAAGUGUGGAUAAUUACACAGAAAAUGUACAUUUCUUUUCUGACAGAGCUGUAGCAUGGGAAAAUACUUUGAGUAAACUUAAAAGCAAAGAAUCAGGACUUUUUGGUAGUGAAAGGCCAAUGGUAGAUGAAAUGGAUCCUGAUGCACCAAUCAGACAGAACAAACUACUUGAUGACCUUGACAAAGAUGAUGAAAGACGAUUACUACAAACACUUUUCCUUUGCUUACGAGGUGGAAGGGUUGAUUUGGCUCAAGAUAUGUGUAGAUCUCAUGGUCAGUCUUGGAGAGCAGCAACUUUAGAAGGAUGGAGACUACACCAUGAUCCAAACUUCUCCAAUGUAUCAGAAGAUGGCAGCUUAUCAACAAUAGAAGGCAAUCCUUACAGAGAUAUUUGGAAAAGUGUUUGUUGGAACAUGGCUAAAGAACCACAGUAUGAUAUUCACGAGAAGGCUAUGUAUGGUGUACUGUCUGGUAAUCUUAGAGCUAUGUUACCCGCCUGUAAAUCAUGGUCCGAUCAUCUAUGGGCACAUUUAAGGGCAGGCAUAGAUGUCUGGGUAGAGCAGGAAAUAAGAUUACAUCAGACUAUACCUAGAACUUUAGAGAAUCUCCCACCAGAAUAUUGGGAUCAGCUGACUGAUAAAGAAUCAAUAUUUCAGAAAAUAGAAUCUUAUGAGGAUGUGAGACAAGAAUCACAAGAGUGGUACCAUGUCAUACAGAAGCAUAUUAUCUUGGGCAAUAUAGACAAAGUAUUUGAGGUAAUGGCACAGUGGAUUCAUACAGACCGGGCAAAGUUACAUACUCAUCUUGUCAGAUUUAUGGCUCACCUAGUAUUGUUCUUUAGAGGUACCAGGCAAGGGUUUAGGGAUGAUUAUGUAAAUGUAAUAUUAGAAGCCUAUGUAGACGACCUGAUCCACGAAAACAACAAAUCAUUAGUCCCACAUUACAUUGCAACUUUACCACCACAAUUACAGAUUUUGAUGUGUGCUAGAUUCUUUGAAGGCAUUACAGAAUUAGGAGAAAGACAACAGUGCAUGGAGUUGGCUAGAGAAGCAGGACUAGAUGUCCAAUCCAUUAUAAAGACAGUUGUAGAAAACAUACGUAGUCAUCAUAUCAUUGAUUUCAGUCAAAACUUAGAGGCAAACAUAGAUACAAAUAUUACAGAGGAUGAUAAGAAAAAAAUAGAGUCUAUUGAUUGGCUGGUUUUUGACCCCAACCAAAGAGCAGAGGCAUUAAAGCAAGCUAAUGCCAUCAUGAGGGCAUUUGUUGCCGUGAAAAAAUUAACUGCAGCAAAGGAAAUAUUUGAAAAGCUACCACCAGAUUCUAUAGAUGUUGUGUUCAAAGUCCAGUUAAUGCAGACAGGAGCAACAGAUUUAUCAGCAGAAGAUGAGAAUUCCAUCAGAGAGUUUAUUUGCCACAGGGCUUACUUGGAUGCAAUGGAUAGUUUUAAUGAUUGGUUCAACACUUAUCAUCAUACACAGCCAACUAAACCUACAUUAUCACAUGGUGCUACAUUUACAGAGAAAGUGGCUCACGAACAUCGUAUAAAACAGUAUGAGGCAGAAAUGGAAAGAUGGCGACAUAAUUUGAUUUCCCAAACUAAAACAACAAAAGGAAAGAUGUACAAUGUACUGUUAUUUGCUGAUGGCGGUUGGAUGGUGGAUCAAAAAGAGGAAGAAGAGCCAGAUGAGAGUCGACAACAGCAGAUGAAACUGUUACGUCAGCUAGUUUUACCAGGACUUUGCUUCUUACUUCAUAAAACAUUACACACUAGUCAGCAGUACGCAGAGUGUUUACAGCUAGCUGAUGUUAUAGCAUCAGAACAACAUCUACUUUAUAAGGUUUUCCGAAAAGAUGAACUUCAGCAGCUUUUGAAAAUGUUACGAGAUUCAGCCUUAGCUGUACUGGAUCAGAAUAGAGACACUCUUGGAUAUGAACUAGAUUAGAUGGUCAUAACUUUCUUCGGAAGACAUAUAAAGUGCAUUUUGAUGGAUGCUUAUAAUAAAUCACACUAUCAAAUUGA